AUGUCAAGCUUGAGCUCGCCUACCCUUGUCGAUUUUUUGUGCUGCGGCGCGGUCUUGCCCUGGACUGUAAGACCGGUUUACAAGACAUUCCCUCUCCACUUCCUUGACCAGCCGCCUGAGUCUUCGGGGUUUCAUCUUGCCUCUGUGGUGGAGGAUCCCAUCACGUUCGAGGCUGUCAUCCGAGUCCGCUCAAAGAGAUGCUGCCUAAGACUCUACACAGAAGCAGGCACCGGCGCAUGCGCGAAGUGUCUCACGGUCUUGACAUCAUCAGGUCUUCGUCGAUUCAUGCAGCGAGCGUCCACCUCAUGGAAGCCUUACAUGCGCUACGAAGAUAUGACCCGCACCCAGUUUAUCGAGGCUAUUCACUAUAAGAAUAGCACGCUCACAACCACUCGAGUACAGCGAUACCGUGCGGAAAAGCGGGCAGAGACUGCAGAGGAGAAGUCUCGACUUCACGAACGGCUGGUUGCUGCACUUGCGAUGUGCAACGUUCCCCGGCUGCAGCGCCUACUCCAAGUUGCACUUGACCAGGGCCGAUCAAUCGAGGAGAUCUUGAACCGCAUUGAAGAUGCUGUCGCCAACAUCUAUCGUGUCAAGAGCUUUUCCACGACGGAGAUAGACCUUGCGCGGAUAAUGUGGCAUCUUGCUGGCGACAAGGGUGCUUACAUUCUCCACAAGGCUCUCGGCUUUCCAUCUGUCUCAGCUAUACGCAUGCGGUCACGGUCGACUCACCCUGUUAUCCAUCCAUCGCCAGCAAAGCCCACAUUCGACCACAUUGUGCGCAACCUUCUCAGUGUAUUCCCACCCAGCCCAGCACGUCACCCAUGCCGCUGCGGCCAGGCUAUCAUGUUUGAUGGAAUCGCCAUUAGAAAAUGCAUAAGAGAGGAUGACGACUACAUGGUUGGAGGCUGUCGAGAGUGUACCACGAAUAUGGAUCUGUCUAUGUCGUGCCUUAAAAAUAUCCUUGCGUUGGCCAAGGCUGUGCGGCGUGGUGAUAAUGGCGAAGACCCCUUGGCUCAUUUCGGUGUUGAGGCAACAGUCGGAGCAAUGGGUGCUCUGCGUGAUGUCGACUUCCACGGAUACUCUUUUUCGUGA